UUGAAGAGGUGGUGUUUUGUGUUGUUACAACUUGAUUAUGAAUUGUUAGAAACUAUACCAAAACAUUUAUUUUAUGUAUGAAAUAUUUUUCGUGCUUGCCUUUUUGGCACAAGGGCAGUCGCAUAAGUGAUUUCAAAUUAUUACACUGGAAUUUUAUGAUUUGUGUACACAUGUGAUCGAUACAAUUUGUUGUCGUCUUUUUCUUAUUACUGAGGAUUGUGGAAGAAUGAAGCGGCCGUAAGAAGUUCUAAUAUCUCGGUGACGUAUCAGCAGGCAAGAUGGAGGAGCGAGAGAGCGAGGGCCCGGGCGUGCCCGACAUGACGCUGAUGCCGCAGAUCACAGAGGAAGCCAUCAACGACAACCUCAAGAGGCGGUACCACCAUGACCUUGUAUACACAUACACGGGCUCUAUUCUAGUCGCAGUGAAUCCAUAUAAGGAGUUGGGAUGCUACACAACGGAACAUAUGCAAAAUUACAGAGGCAAAGCCUUUGGAAGUCUUCCGCCGCACGUGUUCGCGCUCGCUGAGUCGGCCUACAGUUCGCUACAGAAUGGCGAAAAGAACCAAUCGGUAGUGAUAUCCGGGGAGAGCGGUGCGGGCAAAACUGAAACGACGAAGUUCAUUCUGCAGUAUUUAUGUGCUGCCGGAGGUCAGGCCUCGUGGGCAGAGCAGCAGAUUCUGGAAGCCAAUACUGUGCUCGAGGCUUUUGGAAACGCAAAAACCGUUCGCAACGACAACUCGUCCCGUUUCGGCAAAUUCGUGGAAGUGCGAUUGGACAAUCGGGGCGGGAUCCGAGGGGCAGUGCUAAGAGACUUCCUGCUGGAGCGAGCGCGGAUUACUGGGCCGGCGCCACGGGAGACUAACUACCAUGUCUUCUACCAGCUCGUUGAAGGAGCUAAGCACAACGCGGAACUCCGUAGUAGCCUGCGUCUCCGCGAAGACGUGCAGUACAAGUAUUUGCGGCCAGAGGACGAGGAGGCGCGCAGCCGUGGCGGCGAGCAGGGCAAGCUGGAGGCGCUGCAGCUAGCGCUGACAGUGCUGCAGGUGCCGCCACACAUGUGCGAGGGGCUCUUCAAGGUGCUCGCCGCCGUGCUGUGGCUCGGCAACGUGCAGUUCCAGGAUGUGGAUGGAGAGCGCACAACUCUAGCGCCAGAAGACACGGAAGCAGUGGACGCGGUCGCCAACCUCCUAGGGCUUGCUCCACCCACUGCUAAACGGGUGUUACUUGAAAGACAGAUCAAUGUUCGGGGCAAUGUCACCGAUAUACCGCUGCGGUUGCAUGAGGCCCGUGAAAACCGGCAUGCGAUGGCGCGCGCUCUAUACUCGCGAACCUUUGCGUGGCUGGUUCGCCACGUGAACAGCUGCUCGGCGCCGGGCCGCGAAGCGCCCCGCGCUCUCGGCGUGCUCGACAUCUUCGGCUUCGAGAACUUUGCCGCGAAUUCAUUAGAGCAACUUUGUAUCAACUACGCCAAUGAGAAGCUGCACAUGUUCUUCAACAACUAUGUGUUUGCUUUGGAACAGGAGAUUUACAAACAAGAAAGGAUAAAGUACAACCAGAUCCAGUUCACAGACAACUCUGCGUGUCUGGAACUACUGGAGAAACCUCCAAGGAGUCUGCUCAAACUGCUGAGCGAACAAUGCCAUAUGCCAAAGGGCUCAGAUGGUGCGUACCUAACGAACAUCCAAGGCGAGUUCGGGGAACACCAGAGCUUCGUGAAGGGCUCGCGGAGGAAGUGGGAGGAAGAGUUCGGGGUUCAGCACUACGCCGGGGCAGUGACGUAUAGCGUGCAAGGCUUCGUGGACAAGAACCGAGAUACGCAGCAAGACGCGUUCAUCGACCACUUGAGCCGGUCGCAGAAUCCCUUCGUGAGGGAACUCGCAGACUAUGUCGCUGAUUUGGCGCCACCUGGACAUGAUAUAUCAUUGUCAAGCCCAAAUUCUACAAACACGACUCAACGAGGCACCUCUAAAGGACGGCCGACUGUAGUGGACACAUUCAGAGCACAGUUGCAAUCUCUUGUGGACAUGCUGCAAGUCACUGAUGUAUGGUACGUCCGCUGCAUAAAACCGAACGAGAACAAAGAAGCGGGGUUAUAUAACGACAAGUUGGUGCUGGAACAGCUGCGGUACCUCGGUAUGAACGAGAUCGUGCGCAUCCGCCGCGACGGCUUCCCCGUGCACCUGCCCACGCCGCUGUUCCAGGCGCGCUACCGAUGCCUGUUGCCGCAUCCGAGACCAACGAAUCCUGAUGUAGCGCGUAUUAUUGGACUAGUAAGUGCGCCGGGCGACGACUGGCAGAUCGGACACACGAAGAUCUUCAUGCGGAGCUCUGUACACGCGCCGCUCGAAGCCAAGAGGACUGCGCUUAUACAGUCCUCGGCUCUUAGGUUGCAGAAGUGGUACAAGGGCAGCGUGAAACGCCGCCAGUAUCUACAAUGGCGUAACGCGGUGAUAGUGCUGCAAGCGGCGUGGCGCGGCUGGAAGGAGCGCGCGGCGUUCCUGCGGCUACGGCGGGCGGCCCUGACGUUGCAGCGCCACCUGCGCGGCGCCUUCGCCAGGGAGGUGGCUGCGGCACUACGGGAGAUGAAGAGGGUCAACCAGGAGAUCAAGCUGCGAGAGGAGAGAAACAGCCUCGCAGAGAAAGCAAACCAAGAGCGCGUGGAGCUGGAAAACAUGGCGGACCAGCUUCGAGGACUGCCCGCAACUGGGGCACGAGCGGACUCUGUGAACCUGGACAACCUGUUCGACUUCCUGGCAGACGUGCCCGGACAACGCGGCGCGCCCGAUGGACAACCAGACCAUCAUCAACCGUCUAUAGCCGAGAUUGGCGACUCCAUGGCCAGAUUGGCUGACGAUUUGCAUCAUGAGUUGGAGCACGUGCUGGCUGCGGAAAUGAACGAGCUGAGCAAGUCGACAACAGAAGCGCAGCGCAAGCCCGAUGGCGCGCCUUCGGAAGCCAUCCCGCCGGCACCACCGACCUCACUGCCUCUGCCUCCGAUGAUGCCGCCUAGCAUGACGUCAUCGAUGAACGGCGUGAAGGGCAUCUCGCCGAUGUCGAAUGGAGACUCGAUGACGUCAUCGCUGAUACUGCCGCCGCCGCCGCUGCCGCCGGAGUUACCGGAGGAGCCCUCACCUGCGUUACCAGACCCGCCGCCGCCCCCCGUGCUGCCUGAACCCGCCGGCCCGCCGCCGCCGCCACCGCCCCCUGCUAAAGACACGACUCCGCCAGAGCUGACAAACGGCGUGAUCCCCAACGGGAAGCUGUCGAUAGUGAACGGCAAGGAGCCUAUAUACGAGUCCGUGAUACCUCGCCCGCCCGGGCAAGAGGCCGCUAAAGAGAAGGAAACGCCUGCGCCGAUGUCCCCGCCGCCGCCUCCGCUCUUACCACCUGAGAAUGGAUUCUCACCUAAAGAACCGGAGCAAGAACUGUCAGAAGCGCCGCUGCCGCCGCUGCCGAGCGCGGUGACGUCACAGCGGUCGAUGACCAGCAGCAUGACGUCACAGAAGUCUCUGCCCAACAGCGUUGCGUCACAGAAGUCGCCCACGCCCCCACCGCCUGUACCGAUGGACACAUGCUUGAGUCCACCGCCUAUGGUCAAUGGGGAUUCUGCUAACCCGGAGCGCAGCGCGCGCCGCAAGGAGCGCGUAGAGCGGCGCCUGCACCAGCUGGAGGCGGCGCCGGCCGCCGCGGCGCCCGCCUCGCCGCCCGCAGACGCCACCGACCUCGCCGAGUUCGCCAAGCUGUACUUCAACGAGCACCCGCGCUCGCCUGAAGGCACAAUAAUAGCUACACUGACGAGGAAGAGCAAAUCGAUGGAGUUGUUAACUAAGGAAGAAAUGAUCACAUACCACAAGGGGAACAACAUCCCCACCUCGCACAUACAGCUGCACGACCCCGACAGUGUCACUGCCGCCGUCAAUAUAUUCAGGGACCUCUGCCGGUACAUGCGCGGCGAAUUAACAGUGGACAAGGAGACGCAAGUGAUACAGUCGCUCAUUGCUAAAGGCUUAGAGCGAGAGGAACUGCGAGAUGAGAUACUGGUGCAGUGUGUUCGACAGAUAACGGAAUGCCCAGUGGAGGAGUGGGCGGAGCGCGUGUGGCUGAUCCUGUGCCUGUGCGCGGUGGCGUGGCAGCCGAGCCGCGGGCUGCAGAAGUACUACUGCGCGUGGCUGCGGGCGCGCGCGCGCCUCGUGGCCGCGCAGCGCGCCGCGCACUGCGCGCAGUGGUGCCUCGACAACUGCCGCGGCGCCGCGCCGCGCCUGCUGCCGCCCAGCACCGUCGAGAUCGCUGCAAUGCGGCGGCUGGGCACGAUAGUGUGCCGCUUCUUCUUCCUGGACGGGCGCACGAAGGCCAUCGACGUGCACCCGGCGGACACGGCGGCGGCGGCGGCGGCGCGGCUGGCCGACAAGCUGGGGCUGGCGCCGCACUCCCGCGCCGGCUGGGCCGUGUACCAGCAGCGCGCCGGCCGGGAGGAGCACGUGCGCGCCACGCACUACCUCUAUGACGUCAUCGCCGCUUGGGAGAUGCAACAAGGUCCAGGCGGCGGGUCGGCGGACAACCGGUUCGUGUUCAAGCGCCGCUUGUUCCGCGGCGGGCGAGAGUUGCCACACGACCCCGUCGAGGUGGCGCUGUUGUAUGCACAGGCUGUGCAUAGCGUCGUCAAGAUGGACGAGUUCCCCGUAUCAGAGAAGGUGGCGCUGCAGCUAGCAGGGCUGCAGGCUCAAGUGUCGCUGGGCGAGCCGCCGCCGAGCCCGCCGCCGCCACACACCCGCGCCUACUACGCGCACCCCGAGCAGUUCCUGCCGCAGCGCAUUGCCAGGGCCAGGCCUGCGCACCAGUGGGCGACAAUUCUAGCGCAAGCGCACCGCCAGUACGGUGCGGGCCGGGCGGAGCUCACCGCCAAAGCUCUAUAUCUGUCGUGCGUCAUGCAGUACCCACUGUACGGAGUCACGCUCUACCCUGUCACCUACAAGGGCUAUUGGGCUCAUGGUCCGAACGUGCUACUGGGCGUGGGCUCAGAGGGCGUGGUGCUAGUGCGUCCGUCGGACAAGGUGGUCUUGGCAGAGUACCCGUACACCAACAUCGCCGCGUUGCUCAUGGACCCCGUCGACGCGGGACUCACCAUCAGUCUGACGCAUCACGGUCAACAUGAUGGCCAUAGGUGCAUCGUUCUAGAGUCCCCGCAGAAGAACGAAGCGGCGUGGCUGAUGGCGGCCUAUAGCCCCGUGCUGGCCAACGGGCUGGCAGAUGAGCCUCCGCGCCGCGCCGCGCCCGCCUCCGAGCGGUCGAGGCUCGCUGGCGCUCUGAAGGGCGCCAGGCGAGCGCUCGUCGACUCGGGCUUGCUGAGGCGGCCUACAGAACAGACUGGGAAUUUCUUGAGAAAUACUCUACGCAGACUAAGCAAGCAUCGGCUGGAGAAGGUCCGGUUGGACAUGGCGGCGGAGACGCAGGGCGAGAGCUACAAGAACUUCCCGCCCUCGUACUGGUGCUGGGCGCGUACGCUGCCACACAGCCUAACCAAGCUCAACGAGGCCGAGGAGGUCGCCGCCAUGCAGAUAUUUAAGGACAUAAUGAGCCACGCCGGCCUCAGCACGCAGGGAAGCGAGCAGGGCAGCACAACGAACCUAGCCAACAACAACAGUGUGAGCAGCCAGGAGAGCGACAGUGACGACCGCGUGGCGCUCGCGCAGAGCCUGCUGCAGCGCUGCUUGCAGAAGGACACGCUGCUCUGCGAGCUGUACAUACAGCUAAUCAAACAGACAACAGAUCACCCGGAGCCGUCGUCGCGGGUGUCGGCGCGGCACUGGGCGCUGCUGUGCGCGGCGGUGGGCGCGGCGCUGCCCCCAGUGAAGCCCAUCCGGCGGCUGCUGCUAGCACACCUGCGGUAUAGAGGCACUGCCUUGCACACCGGCGAAGAGGGCAAGUUCGCUAGGAGAGCUGAACAGGUGGCGCUAAGCAUAGCUCAAGUGCCGCGUCGUCUCGCCGCCCCCUCGAAGGAGGAGCUGCUGUGUGCGGCGGCGCGGCGCCCCAUGCACGUGCGAGUGCUGCUGUUGGACGGCAAGCAGCACGGCUUGGUGUUCGGACCCGCGGCCACUGCCGACCACCUCGUCACUAUGCUGAGAGAGAAGAUAGGGCUCAAUGAGAGCGCUACCGGUUACGCGCUGUACGAGGUGUGCGCCAACUCGACGCCGGCGGGCGCGGGCGAGCGCGCGCUGGGCGGCCACGAGCGCGUGGGCGACGUGCUGGCGCGCUGGGAGAAGGCCGGCGCCACCGCCGCCGCCUGCAGGCUGGUAUUCAAGAAGCGCCUAUUCCUAGGCGACAGGCCUUUACAAUCGGCGUGCGUUGCCGAAAUGGAGCUGCUCUACUAUCAGAUUCUGCAUGCCGUUCGCCACGACAGGCUUCCUAUCGAGACUGAUGAAGCUGUGAUGCUGGCAGCGCUGCACGCGCAAGUGGUGAACGGGGACUGCCUGGGCGGCGGCGAGGAGUGCGCGCACGCGGCGGGCGCCGUGCUGCCGGCGCGGCUGGCCACGCCCGCGCUGCCCGCGCCCGCCGUGCGGCUGCACCACCUGGCGCUGCGCGGCACGGCGCCGCACGCCGCCAUGCAGCGCGCGCUCACGCUGGCCGGCUCGUGGCCGCUGGCGCGCGCCACCAUGUUCGACGUCACGCAAUCGUUCACGUCGAACUGGCCGCGCGCGCUGUGGCUGGCGGUGGACGCCCGCGGCCUGACGCUGCUGCGGCGCGGCUCGCGCGCGGCGCUGGUGUCGCACGACCACGACCAGCUGCUGGCCGUGUCGCCCGCGCCGCGCGCGCUUCUGCUGGUCACGCGGGCCGACCGCAAGCACGCCAAGCUCGUGCUCUCCACGGACCAGGCGUACCAGAUCGCGACGCUGAUCAAGGACUACAUCGAGGCGGUCCGCGGGCCGGUGUCCCCGGCCGUGGCGGCGCCGGCCGACCCGUGCGGCGCCGGGCCGCGCGCCGCGGCCGCGUCGUGACCCCCGCACGCCUAGUGCCAGUGCUUCCACGUCCGCCAGUGAGCAGCCUCCGCGCACUGACGCGUCGACCGCGCUCGCACACGCGAUUCACUCGAACGUUACCCUCGUAUACUCAGUCUUAUAAUAUGCUUCGUAGCGACCUACAUUUAGCUCAUAAGCGUCUUCCUUAAGUAGUCUAUACGAGUGAAUCGUGUGAUACAUCUGAGUAGAUUGUGUAUUCAGAUCGAGCGUCUCGAUAGGUCGUGUCGGAUUGUAUGUCAGAAGUAAAUGUCGAUAUGAUGACGACGUCUGUUUUAAACCGAAUUGUGGUUUAUGGUGGUCAACCACCGAAUAGUAAUAAAUUGGCAAAGUUUAUUUUGAAUUAUUUAUAAGUAAAUACUUAUUAGUCGAAGCAUAUCAUGAAUCAGUCAACAUUUACUUCAAUAUGGCCAGAUUGCGGAAACUAAAGCGCUUUAACACUGUCGCUUUUAAUGAUAAAAUGUUUUAAAUAUUUUCAAGAAAUAUUAAGAGGCAUCGACGUAUAAUCAUACUAUCAUCGAUGGAUAAAAAUAAAACGUCGACGUAUCUAAAAACACAUUGAAAUGUAAUAAAAAUGUAAUAAGCGACAGAAGCGACUGUUAACGUGAUCAGGUCUCGGGUGAGGUGCAAGUGGUGUUUGGUUCGAAUGCAGGAAUGGACAAUUUCAGUUGCCAGGGAGACGGGGAAGCAAAACUAUCGCACAUACUAUAUACACUACAGUUAGCUCAACAAUUUUAAUCCACUAUUUAAAAUAGAGUUAUAUUCCAAUCUUCAAUCACUUACAAUUGUACAUCAGUAUUAUUGCUGUUAUGUGUUACUGAAUGUUACGUUAAGAGUAUUGAAAGUUAAGAAUGUUUAGAUGUUUCUGGAGAUAAUUACAUAAUCUAUACCCUUACCCCCGUUAGUCUAUGGUUAACGAUAAGGUCUAGUUUACAACGGCAAUGGUUCUAGCGCAGCCCUAAAUAACUAUAUUGUCGUUGUAAACGAUUAUAACGCUAAGCCAGCCCACUAUAAACCCUAUUAUGCUCAUAACAAUAUAUUUUAGACGUAAGACCAUUUAUUACACGAAUCUAGAAAACUGUACAUUCACAGAAGUCAAGCUCAAAGAAAACUUCUGUUUGUCUACUUAGAAAAUCUGCCGCACAAAUUAAAUCUGUUGAAGUGUAUGUAACAUGGCAUGCCAAGGUAAUCAUGAAACUCGUUACUAACAUCAUUCGCAUACGUAACUCUAAAACAUUAAAUUUCGCUUAUUAGUCAUAAAAGCCUAAUUACUUAGCUCAAAGCAGACCUGUUUUUCCUCUUAGAAAUAAGUGUUAUGAUUGUUUCUACAUAUAGACUAGACUAUUUAUCACCCCUUCCCACAUAUAGAAUAUUUGUGUAAUGUACAGUUUUCGAGUCAUGUUAUGUACGUAUGUGUAUUAAAAUUUAUUCUUCUCUUAGAUCGAAUCUCAACUUUCGCGUGACAGUAUUUUAUGGGUAUCUCUUUUAUAUUUGAUUCCUAAAAAAUAUACAGAAUUUAUAAUAUAUUUUUGGACAUUCCUGAAGUUGUGUUGUGCCUUUAAUGCUGAAAUGAUGUUGACUCUUGUAUUUAAUAUUUCACAGCAAAGUUUCAAUUACCUAUUUAGACUGAUCAGGAUGUCAUUAAUUAUUCUUAGCAAAUUAUUGUGAGCAAGUUGUGCAAAUUUAUUGUGAAUGCGAAAUAAUUUAUGAAUUGUUUCAAAUGCGAUAAUAUAUAUCUUCUAUCAUGCAUAUUACACUAUAUUGCACAAUGUUAUGUCUCAAUAUUUUAUGUAAAAGUACAUAAUUAUAUUUGAUAUUGUAGCUAAACUAAAUGUAUAAGCAUUUACCAUUAGUAAUGCGCGAGUAACUGAAUUUAAAACUGAAGGCAAAUGCCCCUUGAUUAUGAAAGAUAUCGUACGUGACAACCGUAAAAUAUUCUUUAUGUUAGGCCUACUGGUGCUUAGACGAUUAAUUGCUUAGCUUGAGUUUCUGAUCUCAUAUUGAGUAUUAUUUAUAUAGAUGCCAUAUUUUGAUUGUAAGCGUGAGCAAUACUUGGAUUAGGUUUAUUUAUUUUGUGUAACGACAUUUUGUAUAUUUGACAAACCAAAGACUCAAAUCGUCCCUUUGGAUUUUAAUUUAGACUUAAUUUAAUUUUUUGAAGAAUGUACAUAAUUUUAGAUUAAAAUAGUAUAUACUCAUUGACGUGAAAUUCUCGUAUCAUAUAGGACUUGAAAUUAUAAUAAAUAUAUAAUACCUAAUGUUUGGCAUUCACAACAUUAUUAUUGCCUCAGACUGACACAAAACAUGUCACUGCAAUUCAUAGGAGGAAGUAGGAAGGUAAAUCUGCAUGAAUUUGUAUAGCCUAAUUGGUAAUUUUUGUUCAAUAUUAUAUUUGAAGCAAAAUAUUUGUAUCGUUUUCGAAAUAUAUUCUUCAGAAUGUCGAGUCAAUCUUUAAUAAAUAUUAUUUAAGUACAGCAGUAAAUUAAUAAAAUUGCAAUGUAUUCUACAUAUACACUUAUACCAAUAAUGGAUUGAUAGAUUUUAAGGGAUAAUGUUAGAAUAAUUUAACAAUGUGUUAACCCCACAUCGAGGUAUAGCAACCACCACAACUGCCCAAAUAGACUGAAAGUGUCCAAAUAUUUUGUCCUUUUUUGGAUUUUGUUACAUUGUGUAUGGAUUUAUAACCUAUUAUUUGAAUGCCAAAUAAAUGAUAAUACAUA